AUGGCACUGCUUAAGAAUUGGGAUUUGCAUAAUGAUGAUGAUGCGGGUACUGAUAUCGGUGCGGCCCCGGACAUGGCCCAAAAUAUUAGGUAUGAUAUUGAGCGCAUGCCACGUCGUGCUAUACUUGACUUUCUCAUUCAAUAUUUUGUCUCUGAAUUAAAUUGGAUGAAGCAACUUAUCCAUGCACCCAGCUUCUUGAUAUACUAUCAGCAAUGGUGGGCCAAUAGAAACUUGGCAGUGCGCAACGCCGAGUUUGCUGUUCUCAUUCUUCGGAUAUGUUCAUACGCAACGCAAUUUCUUCCAUCGCCAACUUACCCCGAUGAUAAUAUCAGCGAGCUACCACUCGGUCAAAUUCGCAACACGUGCGUUGAGCUUGGGAAUAGUCUCAGUGAAACAUGUCUCACUCUUAACUGGAAGGGUGGCCUGGUCCGUGUUCAGCACAACUUAUUCGCUGCGCUAAACUCCUCCUGCGAAGGACGGACAGAUAUGUUCUGGGAGGGUAUUGCCUCUGCCUCUCGCGCGGCUCAGAAGGCUGGCGUACAUACUGCAGCCGCUGAACUCGGAAGUGGGCACGAGUUCGACAAGGAAAUGCAACGAAGAACAUUCUGCAACAUUUAUCUUCUAGAUAGUCACUUGUCGAGGCAACUUGACAGAGUCCCUUUCUUACCCGACAAUCUUGUCGCAGAGAUGCUGCCCCGAUUACGCCUUGUCCCCGAAACAGGCAUGUCCGAUAUGGACAGCGACGCCACGGCACCAGAGCUAUUCACUGAACGUUUAAUGCAAGUACAACUAGGCAGAUUCUGGCGAAAGCACCCCAAAAAGCAAACUAUCCCCUACGACCCAACCCAAGCCGAACAACGAUACGAGCAAUUCUGCACCGAAUACCUGCCCACACUCCAUCCAGCCCUGGCCUUAAUCCCGGAUGAAAGAUGGGACACCCAGCUCCCUAAACUUCCUAUGCAGCGCCAACUCCUCCAUAUCACCUUAUUCGAUUCCAUAGCCUGGAACUUCCGCUCUCUCCUUUUGCUCAAUGAAAGCCACGUCACCCAGCUGCCACCUUACAAACAAGUCCUGCUCCAGUCCCAGAAGCAAAAGCUCGCACAAGCUGCCAUCGAAGAACUAACCGCCGUCUCAAAUCUCCAUUCCAUGUUCGGCGGCGGUCAUACCCGCUUCGCUGCUAUCAUAUUCAACUCCUUCGAAGCCUCUGUGUUGCUAUUGACUCUGCUUUCACAGCCGGAUUUCCCAUUUGACCAGACUGGAGAAAACCAUGAUAUUCUCGGCCGACAAGUUACCAGACUAACUCGCAACAAAGCAAUGCAAGCGGUAGAGAAAGCCUUAAACCGCCUGCAGAUGCUCUCUGGAGUAAGCGAUAUGGCAGCUGCUGGCGCGCGCGUAGUGUCCCAGCUUUUCGCCAGAGCAAAUAGAUUCUCUGAGUCUGCGCCACCUGCAAUAAUGCCCGGCUUAUCGAAGACGAGCGAGUUAUUUCCGGGUUCGUUUUCGGACUUGCUAGGGUUUGGCGCUGUGGUCGGCCAUGAUGGGGAUUGGGGGACUGAAGGAAGUUUGGAUCCGGAUUUUGUGACUGGGUUGUUUUCAGCUGGCGUCCCCGAAGACAAGUAA